AUGGGCCGGUCCAAGCGAAAAGCCUACGAAGAAUACACCGUCACGAUGCUCAAGACUGGCAAUACAAGCGAGCUUGAGGACCUGAAUCUCUAUAUCGUAAGACUAAAUGUCUAUUCGACCAACCUGGCAUGCCUGAGCGUCCAGACCCGCCACAUCGCCUGUGGUGGUCAUGGGUACAGCGCCCUCUCUGGAUUCGGCCGAAAGUAUGCCCACACUGUGAAUGCCGUGACCUACGAGGGUGACAACUAUGUCAUCGGCCAGCAAGUGACGAGGGCAAUCCUGAAGGACUACCGACGAAAUUCGACUUCAGUUCCUCGAGCCUCGCUUACUUGGAAUUGCGUCAACCAGGACGCGAAGCUAGAAUCCUAA